GACUUCAGUUGUCCUCAACAGAGGAACACCUAAGCGGGGUUUGGUGGGUGCAGCUCUGCAUCACUCCCCCUUCUUCCCUCCUCUUCCUCUCUCUCUGUCAGCGCGUGCCUCUCGGAUGGAACAGCAGCUCGCAGUAAAGGCACAGCGCGAGCUCGCGAACUCACUCACUCACUAACGGCUGAACAGGAGCAGUGACAACUCUUCCUCCUCUUUCUCCUCCUCCUCCUGGCGGGAUGGAGGGGUGCUGAUCAGGAGCCGCUUCAUCAUCACCGUCAUUACUGUCAGCACCGCCAUCACCAUCAUCAUCAUCAGCACCGGGAGCGGAGCGGAGAGAGAGGGAGGCAGCGAGGGCGGAGCAGCCGCUCUCUGUGGGCUUAAAAAGUUGAGGAGGAUCCGGUUUAUGACCGGAGCACCGGAGGGGGCUCGGACCGUAUCCUUCCUCCACCCCGCUGACACCGACGCGGUGUCUCUGGAUUCACCGGGAAACCCACCCGCCGUGGUUCUGGAUGGAUUCGUUCUGGAUUCCGGGUCAAUAACGGACCUGCUUUUUUUUGUUCAUCACCCAGAACCUGAUGUCCGGUGCUGUGACGGAUAGAUAAAUACUUUGUUCUUAAUUAUGUUCCAGUGUUUUAACGGUUCGGCAGGUUGGUGACUGUUCCCUGGAGGAUUUACGGUGAUAUCAACGGAUCAAUAACGGAUUUUCAGACGCGAGUCCGGUCCGGCGGCUUUCCCGAACGACUUUCACCGAGCUGUGCCGGGUCCAACGGAUCCCGGGACGGCUCCUCGGUGACCGGCGUCUGGCCUCCGCUUCCCCCCGGGGAUUGAGGAGGGGGCGAACCGCAGGCAGCACAGCAGGUGUCAGGGAGGGAAUGUUCCCGGGACUGGACAGGUCUGCCGCCCCGGAGGGACCGAAAAUUACCGAACGCUUCCGAACGAACCCAACGGCGGGAAAACGGGAGAAGUUCUCCGAGAAUUUUAUUGUUUCUUUAAAAUUAGCAAAUUUUUAUUGAGCAGAUUAGUCUAUUCUAUUGCUCAGUAACGAUCUCAUCAUCCUCAAAAUAGCUGCAGGAUAAAUUUUCCAAAUUUUCACCUGUUAUUCUUAGCUCAAAUGGUCUUAUAAUCUUGAAUAUAAAUCCUAUUUCUGGAUUUAAACCCACAACCAAACAGUUGAAUCAGUUUUUAUCUAUAAAUACCUAUUAAAAUUUAAUCUUUUAUCAAUAAACCCUAAUCCAAUUUCAAUAAAUGUCAAUUCCAGUUAUCGAUACAUUUCAAGUCUCUUCAGUUCUAAUCCCAUUUUAAUCAACAUCAGCCCCUGCUAUCCACCCCUUUCAAUCCUGGUAAUCAGUCGGUUUUAAUCCCAUUUAUCAAUCAGUUCUAAAACCAUUUCUGUUAGUUUUAAUCCUGAUUAUCAAUCAAUUCUAAUCCCAUUUCAAUCCAUCUGCCACAUGAGGCGGUAGGAGUGAACGGUCUCCUCCUCUGUGAAAUAAACCCACAUGCUGCCUGUAAAUUAUCCACUUAAAGCUCUCUAGAGAAGAAACUGUGAGCCAGAGCCUGCAGUGAGGGUUAUUAAGCGCCACAUAUUAGCACUAAAUGCUCUGAUUAUUUCUAAUAAGGGCAGACAAAGCUUUAACUAUUCAUCUGGGUAGUUUUAAAAAAUUUUCAAUAAACUUGCGCUAGAAAUUUAACUUAAAGCCUGAAGAAAUUUCGCAAAUCCUGCAAACAAAAGCUUUUGUCUCUACUAGAAUGAAUUUAUGACGCAAACUCUGUUAGUAAAUGAGAUUUUGAUCUAAUUUAAAAGUCCUGACUCAACAGCUCCACGCUGACCUUAAUGUUCAGGAAGGCGUUUUAAUCUCCAGCUGUGUCAUCGUUUUAAACCCAAGAAUGGGCUUUCUUUAUGCUUUACUGCAGGUCUGGAGGAGCUUUAACUCUAAGCAAAUUAACUUUACAGCCACCUGCGGACAAUAAGUCGAAGGUUCAGGGCUCCUGCGUUUAGAGAAGCUUUGGUUGAUGAUCUCUUUUGUAGGACGUGUAAAACUCAGCUGAACUCUUUUAUCCUUUCUGUUGUUUUGAUGCAACUUCUGCUUAAAAAAAGUCAGGAAAACUGAGUAUUUUUCCGAUGGAGGUUUCUAAUUUAGCUUCGGCAGCUGGUUUCCUGUGAGACUCUAUGGAUGGUGUUCUUGCUGGAUAUCCACAUCCUCAACAGCAUACCUCCUCUUCGUCCUCCUCCUCAUCGUCUUUCUCCCUCUCAGUGUCCUGUACAGGAGAAAUCGAGCCAUGAGGCAUUGAUUUUCUUCUCGCCGCAAAACCAAAACGCACACGACCAUCUCAUCCAUCCUGGCUUGUCAGGUUUGUUGGCUGAAAUGAAAGAAGGGGUCAGAACCGAAGGACGUUUAUCACCAUCCGACAGUUAGGUCAAAGGUCAUACCGACAAGCAAGCAGCUCAAUCACCCAUCAAAUCAUCUGGAAACCAGUCUGAUUGGAGCGUAGAUGAAUGCUUUUCUGAACUGGUUUCCAUAGGAACGUUUAAUGCUCAAUGGGACUCAACGACAGCAGCCCCGGCGCCAUGCGGAACGGCCGCGGCCUCUCCGACCAGUGGGCGGAGUCAGUGGUGGUCCGGCCUCGAACCACAGAGCGCCACAUCACGGUGCACAAGCGUCUGGUUCUGGGCUUCGCCCUGUCCAUCAUCACCCUCAUAAUUGUGACGGCGGUGGCCGUGGCGCUCAGCGUCCGCUUCGAUGAUUGCGGUGGUCGGGAUCGCGGUGGAGGCAGAGGGGAGACGGGUUCCAGAGGGUCCGGAGGGUCGGGGAGACUUAACGGGAGCAGAGGGGAGAGGAUGGGAGACAGAGGGGAUGAAGAGGUGGUCCAGCCAUGGAAAAACUCUCGGCUUUCGGGGUCAGUGAGGCCGCGGCACUACGACCUGCGGCUCGCCGUCUACAUGGACAACUUCACCUUCUCUGGAGAGGUCAGCAUCGAGCUGGAGUGCAUCAACGCCACCAGGUUCAUCGUGCUGCACGCCGACCGCCUCGAGGUGGACCGGGUUUCCGUGGCAGCAGAGAGCGGCGCCGGCAGCCGGGCCGCCAACAGGCCGGGGGGCGGAGUCAUGCGCGUCCACCGCCACUUCCCCUUCCCGACCAAUCAGAUGUACGUGGUGGUUCUGCACCGCGAGCUGAAGCCCGGCAGGCUGUACCGCCUCAACGUCAGCUUCGACGCCGCCAUCGAGGACGAGCUGCUGGGAUUCUUCAGGAGCUCCUAUACCCUGCAGCGGGAGAGACGGUACCUGGCAGUGACCCAGUUCAGCCCGAUCCACGCCCGGAAGGCCUUCCCCUGCUUCGACGAGCCCGUCUACAAGGCCACCUUCUCCCUGAGCCUCCGCCACGACUCGCAGUACACGUCUCUGUCCAACAUGCCGGUGGACAGCAGCUGGCCGGACGAGGACGGCUGGGUGACCAACCGCUUCGCCCGGACGCCCCGCAUGUCCACCUACUACCUGGCCUGGGCCGUCUGCAACUUCACCUACAGGGAGACGCAGACCAGCAGCGGCGUGGUGAUCCGUCUGUACGCCCGGCCGGACGCCGUCUCCAGUGGCGCGGGUGACUACGCUCUGCACAUCACCAAGAGGCUGCUGGGAUUUUAUGAGGACUACUUCAAAGUGCAGUACUCCCUGCCGAAGCUAGACCUGCUGGCGGUGCCCAAACAUCCCUACGCCGCCAUGGAGAACUGGGGCCUCAACGUCUUCGUGGAGCAGAAGAUCCUGCUGGACGCCGACGUGUCGUCGUCGUCCUACCAGAUGGAGCUCACCAUGGUGGUCGUCCAUGAGAUCUGCCACCAGUGGUUUGGUGAUCUGGUGACGCCGGUGUGGUGGGAGGACGUCUGGCUAAAGGAAGGCUUCGCGCAUUUCUUCGAGUACGUCGGCACAGAUUUCCUCUUCCCAAAGUGGAACAUGGAGAAGCAGCGGUUCCUGACUGACGUUCUCCACGAGGUGAUGCUGCUGGACGGACUCGGCUCCUCCCAUCCCAUCUCUCAGGAAGUGGAGCAGGCGGCCGACAUCGACCGCGUCUUCGACUGGAUCGCCUACAAGAAGGGGGCGGCGCUGAUCCGGAUGCUGGCGAACGUGAUGGGGCAGCCGCUGUUCCAGAAGGGACUCAAUGAUUAUCUCCUGAGUCACAUGUACAGCAACGCAGCCAGAGACAACCUUUGGAGUAAACUAACUCAGGCCAUGCGCUCAGAGGGGCGGGACAUCGACAUCGGAGAGAUGAUGGACAGAUGGACUCUACAAAUGGGAUACCCUGUCGUCACCAUCAGCAAGAACCAAUCAGAGCAGCUCCGAACCCAUUACAUCACUGUUACCCAGGAGCACUUCCUGUACGGAGAGGAAGUCAGAAACAACCUCAGUUUACAGUGGCAGGUCCCAUUGACCGUCGCCGUGGGAAACGCGUCCUCUGUCUGCCUGGAGAGCCUCAUCUGGAUCAACAACAGGACAGAAAGCCACAGGAUUGGUCAGAUGGAUGACAGCACCUGGCUGCUGGGAAACAUCAACCAGACCGGCUACUUCCGCGUGAACUAUGACCUCCAGAACUGGAAACUGCUCAUUCAGCAACUUCACAACAAUCCUCAGAUCAUUUCUGUUGGAAACAGAGCGGGUCUCAUCGACGACGCCUUCAACCUGGCCAGGGCGGGGUACCUCCCACAGGGCGUUCCCCUGCAGCUGAUUGGCUACCUGCCGGAGGAGACGUCCUUCCUGCCGUGGCACGCCGCCAGCCGGGCGCUGUACCAGCUGGACAAACUGUUGGACCGCACAGACGACUACAGGCUGUUCAGCGACUACGUGCUGAAGCAGGUGGCGUCCCGGUACCAUCAGAUGGGCUGGCCGACAAACGGACCGGGAACAGAGGGAAACAUCCUGCAGGCGUCGUACCAGACUGAAGAGCUGCAGCGGGAGCUCAUCAUGCUGGCCUGCAGCUUCGGGAACAAGCAGUGCCACCGCCAGGCUGUGGCCUACAUCUCCGACUGGAUCUCCAGCAACAAGAACAGGAUUCCUCCCAACAUCCGGGACAUCGUUUACUGCACUGGGGUCAGCCUGAUGGAUGAGGACGUGUGGGAGUUUAUCUGGAUGAAGUUUCACUCCACCAGCGCCGUUUCAGAGAAGAAGAUCCUGCUGGAGGCGCUGACCUGCUCCGACAACACCUUCCUCCUCAACAGGUUACUGAACCUGUCUCUGACCUCUGACCUGGUCCCUGAGCAGGACGUGAUCGACGUCAUCAUCCAUGUUGGACGAAACCCUCAAGGUCGGAACCUGGCCUGGAAAUACUUCAGAGACAAGUGGGAGAUCCUGAACGCCCGGUACGGAGAAGCUUUGUUCAUGAAUUCAAAACUCAUCGGUGGAGUCACAGAGUUCCUGAACACGGAGAGAGAACUCAAUGAGUUAAAGGAGUUUAUCCAGUCCAGCGGCGUGGGGGCGGGGCCUGCGCUGCCCCGAGCGUUGGAAAUCGUAGAGGGGAACGUCCGUUGGCACCGCCUCCACCGGCGGCACUUCUACCAGUGGCUUCGCAAACCUCAGAGCUCCACCUACGGCUAACGCUCCGCCGGCUCGCUGGAGCGAAGCUAACUGCACUCUGGCUGCUAAGCUAAUGCACUUCUAGCUAACGGACGCACUCAAAACAACUGGCCUGACUGGUUAAUGGGCUGGUUUCUGAACUGGUUUUGUUUUAAAAGAAGUUUAAUGUGUUCAUCGAUGGUGUUUCUCAACAUGAAGCCCUUGUGGUCAAAUUGUGCUGUAAAAACGUGACAACGGUUGAUCCAGCUAGGGGUUAGCUAGCCUCAGAUUUUAUAUCCAUCAACAAAAUAACAACCAACAAAACGAAACAACAAAAACUUCAGAAUUUAAAGAAAACCAGAAUGUUUGGCCGAAUACACCCUUAAGCUUUUCAAAUAUGUUUUAUUUCUUUACCUGGAAAAAAGUACACUGAUUGCUAACAUCUUGAAUUUAAUUAAACAUAAGCCAUAUAAGUGAUAUAAAGUUUAAAUGGUAAACCUUUUUCGUUUUAGAUGUAAAAACAAAAUAAUAUUUAAUAAUAUUUAAUAUUUAAUAUUUCAGUUUCCAAAUGUCUCAAUCAGAAAAAUCUAACAGAGUUGCUGUGGUUUUGAGAAAGAUCUGAAACCUCUUAAAAUUAGCAGGAAUGUCUGUAAGUUGACAAGUUUAGAAUUUUAACUGACCAAUCAGAACACACGAGCUCAUCGGACCACCAGUUUGGACCAAUCAGAGCAGACGGUUCUUAAUUUCAAAGUUGUCACUGAGCUAAACCUAAAAUCUAGUUUAACCUGAAAACUUUCUGAACAAACAACAGUUUUGUCUUUAGAAUUAGAAACCUUUCUGUCAGAGAUUCAGUUAGAAUCUGACUUUUGUUUGUUUUCUUUAUUUAAGCAGCUUUAACUUGAAGCCAUGUGGAUCUCUGCUGUAAUUAUCACGGUUUCAACCAGGUCUCCUCUGUUCACAGCACUCAGAAAACUCAUUCAGACUCAUUACCGCUUCGCAGCUUGAAGUCAAAGAGCAAAACCUUCAACAGUUUGAGGCUUUUGUUGCUUCAGAACGAGAAACAAAACAAGACAAACUAAUAAAGAUGACAGCAGCCUGAACACUUAGAGCCCUACAUGUGCAGGAAUAAUUGUUCUCUGAUGAGCGACGAUGUUCUGGUCGGUCUUUUGUUUUAAUGAGCUGCAGAAUGUUUGAAGAUUUCAAAGAGAAAACAAAACAAAAAUGGCUGCAACAUGAAAGACACAAAGCUGUCAGACGUUUUGUUCUGCCAGGUUGGAAAAUAACAGGUUUGACAAACAUUUGAAGUCUAAAUGUCCGACAGCAUUUUACGACAAAGCUAUUAAUUAUACAUGAAAGUAUCAAUUUUCACCCGUUUUUCUGUUUAAGGCAGAGAUCGACUUUCCGUUUAUAAAUUCAGAAUGUUUACGGUAGAAAUCACUCAUUUUUAUUUAACAAGGAAACUUAACAUUUUAUGACCUGUAACCCAAAUCCAGUUGAGUUUCACGGUUAAAAUGUAAAUCAACAGAAAGAAACUGAAAGGAAAACAUGGAUGUUGUUAAAUAAUUUCAAUAUUUUCUCUUUCAUUUUCUGGAUUAAUGUUACAGAUCAAGAUUGUUUAGGAAGUUUUUCUGUUUAGUUUCUCCAAAUCAAAUAGUUGCUGCUGUGAUUUUGAGACUUUAUGAAGCUGCAAAGUUUUAUUGUCAUUAAAAACGAUCCAAUCAAAGUGAUGGCAGUAAAACACGGUUGUUUUAAAAUAGUUUAUAGCCAUUCAUCCCACACUGCAGAACCUGGCAACCUGAUUUUAUGGACAUUAGAUGAUGUUUAUUGGCUGAAUCUUUAUUUAUUUAAAAAUACAUUUGAUCCAUUCGAUAUGGAUUAAAAAUAAAAUCUGAUUUUCAAUUUGAAAUUAUUUCUUUUCCUUCCCUUGUUUGUAAAAAAAUAAAUAAAUUAGAAAAAGUAUCUUUUAUUAUUUCAGUCAUUCCUUCUUAAAACAGCUUUGAAAACAAGAUGGUGGUUUUUGGAUGAGCUCAAAAAACUGAAAUAUAGAAAAAAUAGAUUUUCCAAAACUCUUCAAAAACAAAAACUUGAUAAAAUUGCUUUUAUCUCCAGCCACAGUUUCCAUGAACUUUUAUUAAAAACUAUUUGAGGCAGUAAGGAAGCCAAAUAAAAAUCUUCCAACACGAUUUUAAUCCGUUUCAUUUCCUAUCAGAACCACAGGAAUAAAAUCCUUAUUUCUAAUA